ACCAUGCUGCUGCCAGGCAACGAAACGGGCUACCUCUGGACCGAGUUAUUAAACACCGGCAACCUAACGGCGGGUGCAGGUGAAGAAGACCACGGUGGUCCGGAGGCGGUGAUUGUUCCGGUGAUUUUUGGAUGUAUAUUUUUCCUGGGUGUCGUCGGGAACUCUCUAGUGAUGAUAGUAAUAGGGAAAAUCAAGGCCCGGCGCAACAGAAGUACGACAAACAUUUUCAUCCUUAAUUUAAGUAUAGCGGAUCUAUUGUUUUUGCUAUUCUGUGUCCCGUUCCAGGCGACUAUAUACUCUCUACCUGAGUGGAUAUUUGGAGCCUUUUUAUGUAAAUGUGUUCACUAUUUGGUGAUGGUGUGUAUGCUGGUGAGCAUCUUCACGCUUGUUGCCAUGUCAGUGGACAGGUACAUAGCUGUUGUACACUCCAAAAAGUCCCCCUGCAUUCGCAACAGGAGGAAUGCCCUCAUAGGGGUCUGCGGUAUAUGGACGCUAUCGUUCAUAUUCUCAAUACCAGUGGCGCAACACCAGAUACUUACUGACCAUCCGGACGCGCCAAACAGUUCGUUCUGCUGGGAAGCGUGGUACGCAAGAGCUUCCAAACACACCUACAAAGUCGCUAUUUUAGUCAUUGGCUAUCUGUUGCCGUUGGGGUUGAUCAUAUGCUGCUAUGCGAAGGUGUUAUUCCAUCUCCAUAAGAAGAUGAAGAAUAUGUCCAAGAAAUCUGACCGAUCAAAAAGAAAGACAGCCCAGACGGUCCUCCUGGUGGUCGCAGCCUUCCUGACCUGUUGGAUGCCUCAUCACAUCGUCGCCAUGUGGGUGGAGUUUGGAGUGUUCCCGCUCAACGACGCCUCCUUCGCGUUGCGGAUCAUCUCCCACUGCCUGGCGUACGGGAACUCCUGCAUCAACCCCAUCCUGUACGCCUUCCUGUCAGAGAACUUCCGGAAGGCCUGUCGCCAGGUGUUCACCUGCCGGUUCCUCUACCCUCCACCCCCACAGGAGAAGGUGGUGCGCAUCCGUAUGGAGAACUUCUCAACUACACACUCUAAUACCACUAAUAUCUGACACCACACACUCUAAUACCACUAAUAUCUGACACCACACAUUCUAUUACCACUAAUAUCUGACACCACACACUCUAUUACCACUAAUAUCUGACACCACACAUUCUAAUACCACUAAUAUCUGACACCACACACUCUAUUACCACUAAUAUCUGACACCACACACUCUAUUACCACUCAUAUCUGACACCACACACCCUAUUACCACUAAUAUCUGACACCACACUCUCUAUUACCACUAAUAUCUGACACCACACACUCUAUUACCACUAAUAUCUGACACCACACUCUCUAUUACCACUAAUAUCUGACACCACACAUUCUAUUACCACUAAAAUCUGACACCACACACUCUAUUACCACUAAUAUCUGACACCACACACUCUAUUACCACUAAUAUCUGACACCACACAUUCUAUUACCACUCAUAUCUGACACCACACACUCUAUUACCACUCAUAUCUGACACCACACACUCUAUUACCACUCAUAUCUGACACCACACACUCUAUUACCACUAACAUCUGACACCACAUAUUCUAUUACCACUAAUAUCUGACACCACACACUCUAUUACCACUCAUAUCUGACACCACACACUCUAUUACCACUAACAUCUGACACCACAUAUUCUAUUACCACUAAUAUCUGACACCACACACUCUAUUACCACUCAUAUCUGACACCACACACUCUAUUACCACUAAUAUCUGACACCACACACUCUAUUACCACUCAUAUCUGACACCACACUCUCUAUUACCACUAAUAUCUGACACCACACACUCUAUUACCACUAAUAUCUGACACCACACACUCUAUUACCACUAAUAUCUGACACCACAUAUUCUAUUACCACUCUUA